CACCGACUUACUUGCAGGUUUAGACCACCAUUAUAGGGUUCACGAUGCAUCGAUUACUAUUGAAGCAACUCAUACCGGCAAUUAGUUGAUCUAAAAUCCACAACAUCGUAAACGGUUUCUCUUAAGUCAUUAUACCUUUGUUAAUAGUUCCAAAGUUCCCGCGACCGCUAUAAAUGAUUAAAAAUCUCUACAUUUUAUUUAUUUUUGAAUCAAUAUUUUAUAAAUAUCUUAUUUUGAAUAAUAAUUAAUUUGAAAUAAUUUGUUUGGAGAAAGUAAAAUUAACAUCAAAUUCGCGCGCGUUAAAGUUUGUAUUUCCAGGAAAUUGUUUGAUGCCAGUACCAAAUAUUGUUUGUUCCUUUGUUGAUACGGAUAUCGAGAAGCAAAGUGAGAACGUGAUAAAUACGAAUCACGAAAUUACUGUUUUAUAGUAAACGUAAUUAUUCUAUUAGUUGAAUAACUAAUAACAGAAUUCAUAUUAACAUGGAUAGUGAAUUAGAACAAUUAGCUGUAAAUCUCUUUGAUAUAGGAGCGUUUAAAUUUGGAGAAUUUGUGACCAAAGUUGGUCUAAAAACACCAAUAUAUUUUGAUUUAAGAGUCUUAGUCUCUCAUCCAAAAAUAAUGACCAGUUUGGUUAGAAUGUUAUUGCCAUUUGUAGAAGAAUGUCCAAAUGUAGCACGAAUUUGUGGUGUUCCUUAUGCAGCUGUACCAUUAGCAACAUUGAUUUCUAUAGACUCUAAUGUGCCCAUGUUACUUAUGAGAAAGCAAACAAAGACAUACGGUACAAAGAAAAUUAUAGAAGGGAAGUUUAAGCCAGGAGAUAGUUGUGUGAUUAUCGAUGAUGUAGUUACAAGCGGUAGCAGUAUUUUAGAGACAGCAGAUAUCUUAAGAAGGGAAGGUUUAAAAGUAACAGAAGCAUUUGUGGUAAUUGACAGAGAACAAAACGGCAAAAAAAAUAUAGAGAGUCAUGGUAUUUUGAUGAGGAGUCUGUAUACAACCACAAAACUGAUGACAUACCUCUUGAAAGCUAAUAAAAUUGCUGCCAAUAUUGUUAAAGAUGUGACUGAUUACUUAUUAAUAUCCAAAGCACCAAUCAUUUCUCCAGACAACCGAUUGACGAUGCCAUUUCAUAUUCGUGCCGAAAAGUGCAAAAAUGCAAUUGGCUCCAAGUUAUUUCAUCUAAUGGAAUCGAAGCAAUCCACUAUAUGUUUAGCAGCAGAUCUAACUAAAGCAGAUGCUGUUAUAGAGUUGGCUGAUUUAGCAGGACCACAUAUAGUGUUGUUAAAAACUCAUGUCGAUAUAUUAGAAGAUUUUAGUGAUAAUUUCAUCAAGCGCUUAAAAGAGUUAGCGAAAAAGCAUGACUUUUUAUUGAUGGAAGAUAGAAAAUUUGCUGACAUCGAAAAUACUGUAUGUUUACAGUAUGAAAAAGGGAUUUACAAGAUUGCACAAUGGGCAGAUGUCGUUACGGUGCACGCGAUCGCAGGUCAAAGUAUCAUAGAUGACUUCAAAAAUAGUUUAAAAAACAUAAGCGAACCUCGCGGCCUAUUUAUCUUAGCAGAAAUGUCCUCCAAAGGAGCAUUGACGAUUGGUGACUACAUGCAGGAUGCUAUAAGUAUUGCAGAAAUUUCGGAUAUGGUAGUUGGAGUUGUUUGUCAAUCGGAUAUUUUCUCGAGUCCGGGACUUAUUCAAUUGACACCUGGAGUAAGAAUAUUGAAAAGUACCGAUGACUUGGGACAGCAAUACAACACUCCAGAAUCUGUUGUCAAUUCUGGAGCUGAUUUAGCUGUAGUGGGCAGAGGUAUUACCGAAGCGGAAGAUAAAUUGGCUGCCACAUUAAAAUACAAGGAAGAACUUUGGGCAGCUUACAUAAAACGAAUAACUUUGUAAUAAAUACCAGGUGUACGGGAAAAAUAUAUUUUUUUAUUUUCGAGUAUGUGUACAACAGUUAAAAACCGCAAAUAAUUGAAUAACAUCGACUUCAAAAAAGAGAUCUGUAAAUAGAGCGAUGCACAAAUUUUGAUGCAUCUACAUUAUUAGCAAAUCUUCACAGAUGGAGGGAAGCCAUGACCUUGUAUCAAAGAUCUGCACAACAUGCAAAAGAUGCGCUGGAAUAUGAUAAAAUACUUCCAGAAUAGUUGGAAGAAGCUCUUGUAAAGCUAGAAAUUCCUAUAGAAAGUGCCAAGUAUACAGCACAUGCACACAGCAUUUUAGAAGAUGGACAAGAAGAAGAAUCAGCUGUUAACAAAUAUACACAAACGGGGAAACCGCUGCAUGAUCGUUUACACGAGUACAGAGAAGAUAAUGCGCUUCUUACAAAACAACCUAAUGUUUAUAAUUUGCCACCAUCUAUGCGACCUAUCUCCUGCAAAUCACUGUUUGAUUUAGCCUUCAAUAUGGUUGAAUUCCAUGAUGUGAGUGAGAAACUUGGUAAGCAAACUAAGAAAGGAGGACAAGCUGGUCUUACCGAAUUUGUUAAAGGCCUUUGUGGCUGCGGUAAUAAUUAAAACAGGGGAAACAUUCAAGUAACAUUCAAUUUUGGAUAUUAUCGCACAUAGUACGAUAAUGUAUUUUUACCGUAUCCAAUCGGCCCGACAAAAACCGUGCUUUCACUUACAGCAGCAGCAAUAUUGAAUAAUGAAAAUGAAGAGGAUGUUAUUAAUAUGUGCUUGAUCUUUAUUAACGUUUAAUCCUUCUAUUCUAAUUAUUUGUUCAUUAUUUAAACAAUUUUAUAUUCUUUUCAUAUAUUUUUCAUUUAAUUGAACAGGAUAGAAUUUUUAUAAAGCAGAAUAAGGGAUUUUAAGUUUAAGAAAGUGAUAAAAGGUACUUUCACGAUUAAAAUAAAUAAAAUUAACAGAA